UUUUCCAUUUGAGACUACAUACUCUCUUUGUACCUAAAUGUAACCAAAUCUAUCUUCAAAUGUACUCAGCUUAUCCAUUUCAACUAGGUUUUGUUGUUGUUGUUGUUCUCCGAUUCUUUUUGUUUGUUUAUUUGUUUAUCUAUUUAUUUUUACUCUGAAAUUGGAGAUCAUUUACUUCCUUUGACUCUGGGGUCCUUCAGAAAAAUGUAUUUUAUUUGAUUAGCUACGUUCAAUUUUUUGCCUCUGAGAACUGUGAUGAGCCCCUGAAGGGCAUGGACUCUAGCUUAUUACAGAUAUAUCCUGGCAUCUAGCACAAUACCGGCAUAUAGUAGACAGCAGUCUGCAGCCUGGAAGAGGACCCUCACCAGAACCUGACCAUCCUAGCACUGUGUUUUGGACCUCCAGGCUCCAUAACUCCUUCACUUAGAAAGGGAACAUGAGAAGCACUGAAAAGCAAGGCACUGUGAUCUAUACAGAAACCAUAUAUUGGGCUCACAGCUACUGAAUGAGACUGACUGGUGGAGACAGUUUAGUGAACCUGGUAAACACUACAUGUGAAGAGUGGUGAAAGGGAACAUUGAAUACUGAAGUGGCCUGGAGAGGGAAAGCACUGGUUAACAUCACAUGGACAAAUUUGAUUGUUUUCUAAAGAUGGCCUGGAAGUAGUCUGCCACUGCUUCCUCCACAAACAGCUCUUCAUAACAUGGGCUGCAUGAAAUCAAAGCAAACUUUCCCAUUUCCUACCAUAUAUGAAGGUGAGAAGCAGCAUGAGAGUGAAGAACCCUUUAUGCCAGAAGAGAGAUGUCUACCUAAGAUGACUUCUCCAGUUAACGUCAAAGAGGAAGUGAAGGAACCCCCAGGGACCAAUAUUGUGAUCUUGGAAUAUGCACACCGCCUGUCUCAGGAUAUCUUGUGUGAUGCCUUGCAGCAAUGGGCAUGCAAUAAUAUCAAGUACCAUGACAUUCCAUACAUUGAGAGUGAGGGGCCUUGAGGCUGUAGGAUGACAACACUUUGACUGUGGAGGUGCUAGUUUGAAUACAUGCGACAAAAGCAAAAACUGGUGUGAAAAAGUACAAAUACCUAUCUGGAUUUAAAAAUGUGUCUACGAUAAUGUCACUAGUAUAAGAACACCUAGGAAGAAAUGCAUUUUAAGUACUUCUAAGUUAACAGAAAUUUCUCUCUGUUUACUCUUAGAUUUUAGUCAUCUGAAGGGCUGAACAGAGGUCCUGUGAUACCCAAUAAUCAACUGAAUGUCAUAGCACUUCUUCCUAAGUAAUGACAUCACCAAAGAAAAUGCUAAGGAAUAAAACCUGCCCCAAAUUCCAAUGGUUAUUUUAAAAGUUGUCCUUUAAAAUAACAAUUUUUUUAAAUUUAUACCCAAAAAAGUCCAGAUAUGAAAAGGGCUUUUCUAAAAUUUCUUGGCACGGGAAUGGCACUCAAAUCAUAGUGAUUAACAGUAAGUCUUGUUUGUCAAGGAUCUCUACUUCUUGACACAAAUGAACCCUGUCUUUAAUAAGAUAUUUAUUUUUGUAGAUGAGAAGUGUAACUACCACCUUGGACCUCAGGGCCCUAACUAAUUACAGCUGUUAUUGGACGACUCAGACUUUGCCGACUUUGUGCCUAAAGCCAUCUUAAAGAUAGAUAACAGUUUAUAGAAGCCAUGACAUUAGUGUUUAUUGCAUUGAAUUAAGAAGCCCAGUGAUAUAACUAUACAAGAAAACAAGUAUGGGUACCGUUUAUAAAGAGCAAUCCAGUGAAUCUUAAAAAUAACAGAAACUUAGUCUGCAAGGUAGAAAGUUUCAGUUUUAAUUGUGUAUUAAGCUUUACUAUCUCAGAGGUACAGAGAGCUGGAAUAUGGGCAUUUAUUCCCAGUUUUUUCUUGACUAGUGAGGCGGUCACCAUUAAAAUUACUGUGAGACCAGAUAAUGCAUGAAGAUUUACAGUUGUAUCGCAAAACAGAAAAGAUAAAACUGUCCUUUGAGGAGAGUACUCGUUUUCUGGGUUUUUGUUAUUUUUUAGUGGUAACACAAGCCUAUAGGGCAUUUAUAGCCACCUGUUAUACUGUUUGUUUCCAUAAGCCUAGCUACCUUUUAGGGAAGUAUUUUUUCUUUUUCAUUUUUACUGUCACAGCACAUACACACCUUUUUGUUUUAAGGGAUUAAGUACUGUUUGAAGAUCAGUACUGUUUGAAGAUCAGUAGUAACAGAAAAUUUGGAAGGGGGAAGAAGAAAUUAAGACAUAACUUGUUGGAAAAUUAAGACUUGACUUUCUAGAAUUAUCUUUUCAUCAAGAUUUGGUACACAAUGAGUUUAAAUGGAAAGGAAAUUAUUUAAGCCUGUGUGUGUUAGAUCCACAAUACACCACUGGUAUUGAAAAUAUAAAGGUUAAAAAAAAGGCUUAUUACCUCUUUAAUGAGAUAAAUAUGUAUUUGUCUUGUAAGCAUGCAGAAAAUCUACCUCUAAUUUUAGCACUAAUACUUUGAAACCCACAAUCAAAUAGAGUGAAUUCUCCAAGUUACAUGAGCAAGGAAAACAUUAUUUGAAAUAUGUCAUAUUUCAGUUGCCUUUGGACACGUCAUCAUUCAACUCUAAUUUUACCAAGUCCUGGGAUUUGUACUGUCCCAUUGUACUUGCAAUCUACAAUUUAUAUAAUUAAUAGAAAAACAACCAAACCCAUUCAUACAAGGAUCUGAAGUUAUAAGGUUAAGGGCAGAAAGUUUCCCGUAAGUAUAAAACAUUUCCAGGUCAUGAAGAGUAGUUUAGGUUGAGUGACAAAAGCAUAGAUGUGGUUGUUUUUCAUUCAUUUUGCAUCUCACACCAAGACAUUUUUUGCUGCAAGGUCAUUUGCUGCUUAAAAUGUACAGUUAGGUAUAUAAAAUAAGUACAAUGGUGAAAACACAAAGCCACAUAAAGCAGCAUGUCCCACUAAAUUUUUCAGUGUACAUAGGGACAGAGACAAGUGAGUUUUGGUUGUAUCUAAAUAUUUUGAUUUCAGGUUCCUUCUGUGCCCUGGGCCACUAUUUCCCAGGGGUGUAACAGGGGGAUGACUGCCAGAUCCAUAUUAGCUAGAAGUCUGAUCUCUGUUGCUGCCCUUCCUCAGCAACUAUGGCAGUAUAGUUUUAUCACCAAGCACCAUUCCCUUGUCCCUGAAUCACAUUUUAAUAGAGUACGAUAUCUUGUGUACAGUAUUUCCGAAAAACUUAUGUCUGAAAUAUAUGCUGUAUUGUAUGUCAAUCCAUGACAUAUAUGAACUACAAGGCUUGAAUAAUCAGUGAGCUAGUGGAUAAAUCAAGACAGGAGCAGAUGGGAGAAAGAUGAAUAAGCAAAUGCAUUAAAAAGAUGAAUAAAUGAAUAAGAGAUGAAUAAACAAAUUUACAUUACAUGUGACAGUUAUCACGAUAUAGGUUGGCAUUCAAGAUGGAUGAGAAUAUCACUAAUAGGAUAUUGGCCUUCUUUCAUAUCUUUAUAUUGAAAUAUGGGUUUUACUUCAAUUUGAAGGUCUUUCAUGAACAAUAAAAGAGAGUGGAAGGACAGUCUGAGAAGGCAGGAGACAUAUAAAACAGAUGACUGAAAGAAUCUGAAAGACUGAGUAGCUCCUGGAAAGGGAAACAUUUGGAACAUCCAAUGUAAGGGCAAAUGGGCUUCUACCAGCACAACAAAGAACCUCCAGGUGGCAACUGUGGAAGCAGGUUAUCAGAGAAAAUAAAUGUGCAAAUUCCUUAUUUACAACAACUCAACCCCACAAAUAUGCUUCACUGCUGCCUUCCCCAGUUGUCUCUUAUGUACUUUUGUUCCCUUUCAGUUACAUGCCUUUGAUCCUAAAAUUCUCUACUUUUGUUGCCUUAUCAGUUUGCAAUCUUGCCUGUGGUUAUUAGCAUUUAAAGCACAAUUUUCAAGGGGACAAAAAUGAUUAUCACCUUAGUCCCAAAGAAAUAAUUUCUGCCAAACUGCCUUAUUAGUAUUAAAAACAGACACACUGAAUGAAGUAGCAUGAUACGCAUAUAUUCUACUCAAUAUCAUUGGCCUUUUAUUAAAUGGGGAAACUAUACUUUUGUAUUACAUAGUUUUAGAAAUGAAAAGUUAGAGACUCUUUAUAAGUAAUGUCAAGGAACAGUAAUUUAAAAACAAAGUUCUAACAAAUACAUUGUUUGCUUAAUCACAAUGCCCUUAUCUUGUAUUUGAAUGACUAAAUAGGACAUGUCUUCCUUGGAGCUAUGGGCAUUAGUUCAGAAGCACUACCUGCAUCUUAAUUUUCAAAACUCAAGUUUUAUUAGCAAAUCCUCUUCUCUGUAAGACUUAGCUAGCUAUGAAGUGGUAUAUUUUUUCCAAAUAUUUUUCUGAAAACAUUUGUUGUAACUGCACAAUAAAAGUCCAGUUGCAAUUAA